AUGAGCUGGACUGUGGGAAUCCUGCGGGCCAGCCAGAGAGCGGGCACUGUGAGGGCGAAUUUCCUAUGCCUGGGAAUGGCCCCAAGCCCCCGCCCGCCGGCAGCCGUUCCCCUCGGGGGCGCCUGGGCCGUGGCCCCCGCGUCCAAGAUGGCGACCGUCAAGCGUGAGCUGAUGAAGAAUUGCACUUCAGAGGAGCCUGUUCGCAACAGUAAGAUCUCCAUCGUAGGAACUGGAUCGGUUGGCAUGGCCUGUGCUAUCAGCAUCCUCUUAAAAGGCUUGAGCGAUGAACUCGCCCUGGUGGAUGUUGAUGAAGGCCGACUGAAGGGUGAGACCAUGGAUCUUCAGCACGGCAGCCUUUUUGUGAAAAUGCCAAAUAUUGUUUCCAGCAGAGAUUACUUUGUCACUGCAAACUCCAGCCUCGUGAUUAUCACGGCAGGUGCACGCCAGGAAAAAGGAGAAACACGCCUUAAUUUAGUCCAGCGAAAUGUGGCCAUCUUUAAGCUAAUGAUGUCCAGUAUCGUUCAGUACAGUCCCCGCUGCAAACUGAUUGUGGUUUCCAAUCCGGUGGACAUCUUGACGUACGUAGCCUGGAAGUUGAGUGCCUUUCCCCAAAACCGUGUUAUUGGAAGUGGUUGUAAUCUGGACACUGCCCGUUUCCGUUUCUUGAUUGGGCAAAGGCUUAGUAUCCAUUCUGAAAGCUGUCAUGGGUGGAUCCUUGGAGAGCAUGGAGACUCAAGUGUUCCUGUGUGGAGUGGAGUGAACAUCGCCGGUGUCCCUCUGAAGGAACUGAACUUAGAUAUAGGAACUGAUAAAGAUCCCGAGCAGUGGAAAAAUGUUCACAAAGAUGUGGUUGCUAGUGCCUAUGAGAUUAUUAAAAUGAAAGGUUAUACUUCUUGGGCCAUUGGCCUCUCUGUAGCUGACCUAACAGAAAGUAUUUUGAAGAAUCUUAGGAGAGUGCAUCCAGUUUCCACCAGAAUUAAGGGUCUCUAUGGAAUAAAUGAAGACGUAUUCCUCAGUGUCCCUUGUAUCCUGGGGGAGAGUGGUAUUACUGAUCUUAUAAAAGUAAAAUUGGCCCCUGAAGAAGAGGCUCGUCUGCAGAAGAGUGCAAAAACACUUUGGGAUAUUCAAAAGGAGCUUAAGUUUUAA